GAGUAUCCAUACCGGCCGUAUUGAAGCGUUUUUCUUCUUUUUUUUUGCUAGUGAUCAGUCACCUGUACAUAAGAUUUUCUCGUAGCUUUAGAGCCAAGCGAUGUAUUCUGACAAGAAUCUAGAAUAAUGGAAGUGGGCUUACUUUUUACUGGAGUUGCUCUUCCACUAGAAGCCGCGCAAAAUCAUUUGGAAAAGGAUAUUUCUGCUAAACAGCUCAAGCACAACUCAACAAGUUGGAGCAAAGUUACCUGUAUAAAUGGUGGUGAUGGAUGGAGUGGGAGUCGUCACAGCACCGAGCGAGGAAGAGCGAUGGAGCUCGUCGUCCGCAAAGCAGUAGCAGCAUUGGUGGUGAGUGUUGUUGUCACGCUUGUCCGUGUGGAAGCUCAGCUCGUUGUUGGAUACUACGAGCAAAAUGGAUGUCCCAUGGCCGAGGAGAUUGUCAAGAAAGUUCUCACCGCGGCCGUGGCACGAGACCAAUCCAUCGCUGCUUCGUUGCUUCGUCUCCACUUCCACGACUGUUUCGUCCAGGGCUGUGACGGGUCCGUUCUCUUGGAUCCACAAAACGGCUUCCCCGCCACGGAGAAACAAGCUGUCCCAAACUUCUCGCUCCGGGGAUACAACCUCGUCGACGCCAUAAAGCAAGCUCUCGAACAAGCGUGUCCAGAGACUGUCUCAUGUGCUGACAUUCUCGCUAUAGCAGCCCGAGAUGCUGUUUCCCUGUCUGGAGGAGGAACUUGGCCAGUGGAAACAGGACGUAGAGAUGGUGUUAUUUCACUCAGGACCGAAGCGGAGAACCUUCUUCCUCCCACGAACGAAAACUCUGAAGUGUUAACCCAGAGGUUCCUUGAUGUUGGUCUGACUCAAGAUGAGAUGAUCACCUUGUCCGGAGCACACACGAUAGGACGAGCUCACUGUGUCUCUUUCAGCCAGAGGCUCUAUAACUUCAGCCCGGAGUUUGAUACUGAUCCGAAUCUCGACGCUGCUUACGCCGGGAAACUAAAGCAGGCCUGUCCGAGGAACUUUGAUCCGAGAACUGUCGUGCCGCUGGAUCCUGUCACCCCUUCCCAGUUUGACAAUCGCUACUACUCCAACCUCGUCAACAACAUGGGGCUCAUGAUCUCAGAUCAGACGCUCCACAGCGACAUGCUCACCCAGUUUUCUUCCGAGUCAAACGCCGAGGAUGAAAACAUGUGGCAGUUCAAGUUCGCAAACGCCAUGGUCCGGAUGGGUGCUAUUAACGUCAAGGCUGAAGGCGAGAUUCGCAAAAACUGCCGACUGAGGAACUAGAAACUUUGGUCGCAUCCGACUCUCCUGUCAAAGCACAAGAAAAAAUAAAACAGGAGUUUAGAUCACUGCAAGGAAACCCAAAGUCCAACAUCUAUACCGAUAGCUUUCAGCUCUGCUACUGGAGGUGCCUGUAAAAGCGCGAAAACAUCAGGCAGAUCAAAGAUAUAUAGCCUUUCUAGUGACUGUUCGUAGAAGGAAAGUUUGUGUUCCGUUUCUCAAUGAUAAACCAAAAAAUAAAAGAACUUCCAACCUC